UCGUGGCUUUUCAGAUCUCCAUACAACAACAGGCUUUUCUUUUGUACCAGCUGCCGAGACAAAAAAGGCAACGGUAAUACGUUGUUUGUUCUUCUUACCACCAUGGCAGCCCUUCCCAAACCCACGAUCAGCCGCUUAAGAUUUCUGGAAGUCUCUCCUUCCAGGAAUCAACUGUUUCUC